UGAGAGUACACUCUCUCUUCAGAGACCUCUGCAAGAUUCCCCCAUUGUUUUCCCACCUCUACAAUUCCGAUUCCAAACCCUAAUAAAAAUUUAACCUAAAAAUUCCACCAAUCGAUCGCCAUGAAGAUCACGGUGAUGACCACGGACGAGCAGUUCAUCACUCUCGACGUCGAUCCCGAUGAGACCGUUGAGAAUGUGAAAGCACUGCUUGAGGUUGAGACGAGCAUAUCACUGCAGCAGCAGCAAUUGCUCUUCAAUGGAAAGGAGAUGAGGAACUCAGAGCGGUUGAGUUCGCUUCAAGUUAGAGAUGGGGAUAUGGUGAUGAUGGCUAGUGUGGCAGCUUCUAAUGAUUUGAGAUUAAAUCCUGAUGGUUCAGCGGUUAACCCUAGAGCCUUUCAGCAGCAAAUUCGGCGUGAUUCUCAGUUGAUGGCACAACUUCUCCAGAAUGAUCCAGCACUAUCCCAAGCUGUAGUUGGUGACAACCUUGAUGAUUUGCAAAACAUCUUGCGCGAGCGUCAUCAACAAAGACUGGAACUACGACGUAAACAAGAGGAAGAGAUUGCUUUAAUGUAUGCAGAUCCUUUUGAUGUUGAGUCCCAGAAAAAAAUUGAAGCGGCUAUUCGACAGAAAGGUAUUGAUGAGAACUGGGAGGCUGCAUUAGAAUACAAUCCUGAAGCAUUUGCUCGAGUGGUUAUGUUAUAUGUCGAUAUGGAAGUCAAUGGAGUACCUCUAAAGGCUUUUGUUGACAGUGGUGCGCAAUCUACAAUUAUAUCAAAAAGCUGUGCUGAACGCUGUGGGUUGUUGAGACUCCUAGAUCAGCGGUACAAGGGUGUUGCUGUUGGUGUCGGUCAAUCGGAGAUAAUAGGGCGGAUUCAUGUAGCACCAAUUAAGAUUGGUCACUCGUUUUACCCUUGCUCUUUCACUGUAUUGGAUGCACCCAAUAUGGAAUUCCUUUUUGGGCUUGAUAUGCUUCGCAAGCAUCAGUGUAUAAUUGAUCUAAAGGAGAAUGUCUUGAGAGUUGGCGGCGGAGAGGCGUCAGUGCCAUUUUUGCAAGAAAAGGACAUUCCUUCACAUGUACGCGAUGAAGAGCGACUCUCCAAACAAGCUUCUCUACUGGGCCAAGGACCAUCUUCGGGCACAUCCGGAGCACAAGGAAAGACUCCAGGGACAAAUACCUCUGGAACUUCGUCAAGUGAUCCCACACAGGGAGCGGAUUUCGAGGCCAAAGUUCAGAAGCUCGUGGAGCUCGGCUUCGAUCGGAACUCCGUGAUUCAGGCCCUUAAACUGUUUAAUGGCAACGAGGAUCAAGCUGCCGGGUUCUUAUUUGGGUGAAGCUUACAUGUUUGUUCUCUUUUUUCUUUUCACACAAUUCAAGAGCUCAAAAUUUAUUAAGUAAUUUAAAAACCGCGCGACCAUUGGAACAACAAAUAUACUUAUUUAUUUAUUGUACUAAAUGGUGUUUUCAUUAU